AUGAAGAAACAGGUUUUUGGAGAUCGCUCUACUCAGCCUCCCCGAUGUGGUAGAUGCAAGGCGAACCACUUUGGGAAUUGCAAGCCAGACUCUGGGAGAUGUUACCGUUGUGACCAGCCAGGGCAUUACGCGAGGGAAUGUACUGCCCCGAAUGCUCUCGAGAAGACUAGAGGUCGUGUUUACACCUUGGACGCUAGGAAUGCCCAAGGAAACACUAACCUUGUUGCUGGUACGUGUUAUGUUAAUGAUCAGCCCUUGUUUGUGCUAGUCGAUUGUGGAGCAACACAUUCUUUUAUUUCUUAUCCUUAUGUGCGGAGGCUUGGUUUUGAGACGAGUCUUCUUCCUAAUCCUAUGAUUAUCUCGUCGGCUACGGACGAUGUAGUAGAAGCUCGGGAAAUUUGUAGGGAGUGUUCUAUUACCUUCAAUGGUCGUAGAUUCCUGAUUGACCUUAUUUGUCUACCGCUUAAGAAGAUCGAUGUAGUGCUGGGAACGGACUGGUUGUCAGCUAACUCGGUGUACAUCGGUUGUAAAGAGAAGGCUAUCUUCAUUCCUGCUGAGGAGACUACAUCAACCGAUGCCAUUGAACAUCUUCUUGAAGGUACGAUUAACACGAUCAAUUACCUUUUUACUCAAGAGAAGUCUUUCCUUUUGGUUCUUACGUCGGACUCCAAGGACAAGAACAGUGUAUUGGAGAUUCCGGUUGUGUGUGAAUUUUCCGAUGUAUUUCCUAAGGAUGUUACUUCUCUUCCGCCAGAAAGGGAAGUUGAAUUAUCUAUUGAUCUUGUUCCGGGUACUGCUCCAGUUUCGAUUGCCCCUUAUCGAAUGUCUCCUGCAGAGCUAAGAGAUUUAAAGAGUCAGACGAGAUACGGUCAUUAUGAGUUCUUGGUUAUGCCAUUCGGGGUAACCAAUGCUCCUUCUGUCUUUAUGGAUUACAUGAACCGAGUGUUCCAACCAUAUUUGGACCAGUUUGUGGUAAUCUUCAUAGAUGACAUCUUGAUCUACUCUCGGACUAUUGAAGAACACAUGGAGCAUUUGAGGAUUGUGUUGUCGGUUCUUAGAGAAAAGCAGUUGUUUGCGAAGUUUAGUAAUUGUGAGUUCUGGAUGUCCGAAGUCAAGUUUCUUGGACAUGUCAUAUCUGGCGGCGGCGCAGCUGUAGACCCUUCAAAGGUAGAAGCAGUGAUAAAUUGGGAACGACCCAAGAAUGCAACUGAGGUCCGUAGUUUCCUAGGCUUGGCAGGUUACUAUCGGAGGUUUAUCAUGGGCUUUUCCAAGUUGGCGUUACCUUUGACCAGACUUACAAGGAAGGAAGUUUCCUUCGAAUGGAAUUCAGAAUGUGAGAAGAGUUUUCAGUAG